GUCAAAAGAAAACCUCUAAUGUUGAACAACAGAAUGAGCUGACAACACUGUUUGUUUAAUAAGGAAAGGAAUACGGGAAAAAGCGGCAAACACGCAACAUAUUCGUUCUGUCAAUCACAACGUAUCCCGGAUGCCCGGAUUGGUCCCGGAAAUGGUUAAUUAGGGUUGUUCAUCUCAUUGUGUUUAUCUGAUGGAUAACUGCAAAAUGGCAACCUCUGCAACACACACUCAGCAGUUCGCUUUGAAAUGGAACAAUUUUCAUUCUAACCUAACAUCAGGUUUUCAUGAUUUAUUUGAAGCUUCUGAUUUGGUGGAUGUUACCCUAGCAACAGACGGAAAGUUUCUUAAAGCACAUAAGAUAGUUUUGUCAAUAUGCAGUCCAUUCUUCAAGGAAAUGUUUAAAGUGAAUCCUUGUAAGCAUCCCAUAGUAAUACUCAAAGGUGUAGGACACGAACAUAUGAAAGAUAUACUGGAGUUUAUGUAUUUAGGAGAAGUUAGUGUUCUCAGGGAAAAUUUGACUUGCUUUUUAAGGACUGCCGAACUGUUACAAGUCAAAGGGUUGACAGGAGAUGAUUCGAAUGAAUCAUCCUCAAAAGAAGAUGAAAAAUUUGAUGGUGAAAAUGAUGAAGAAGAAGAAUAUGCAAAUAUGAUGCAGAAUAUGCAAUACAAUCAGCAGUACAACUCGGUGGACAAUCUGAUUAAUAUGACCCCGCAUUAUCCUCCAAUAGCUGCAACAUGUCCCUCCAGUCCCCCCUUGUCUGUACAUCCCCAAUCGCAAAACACCAGCAUUCCACCAACGAAUAACAAGAGAACCAAGGGUUUUAAUGGCAAUGGCACCAAUGGAAAACGCUCUAAAAUUGAUAGCAACGGAAACCAAAGCAUACCCAGUAAAUCGCUACCUGUAAAUUUAAUAAAAACGGAGGAUGAAAACGUGAAUCAAAAAAAGAAAGGAGUAUCCUCAAACCAAGAUAGUGAGCCAGAAUUUACUGACAUAAGUAAUAUAAAGUCCGAUCGAUCUUCUGCCGAUGAAGAAAGUGUGGACAAACCGGUUGAGUCGAAAAGUAACUUCUUAGCUGAUAGUUUUGUUGAUCAAGAUGAUUCCAAAUCUUACGUAUAUUGUCACUAUUGCGAGAGAAAAUUCGUAAAUAGGUAUAACCUCAAAGUUCAUGUGCGGGAUAAGCACGAGGACAGCUCAAUCAAUUUAGAUUGUGACGUUUGUGGUAAGACCAUGAGGAACCGCAGUUGUCUGAGAGUUCAUAUGUAUCAUCACCGUAAACAAAUUGAACAAAAUGAACAUUACGAUACUACGACGAGUCAGUGAUUUUUUCUUUAUAGUUUCAUCAUUGCUGAAUGAGGUUUUUUGUUACAUCACCUUCAGUUGAUCCGCGGCUUCAAAUUGGGAUCUUAAUAUUCUUUCAGAAGGCUUGUAGAUGAAAUAUUUCUAGCAAUCGGUUGGCUACUCAAUUCGUCCUGAGAAUUCAAUAUUUGGAAGUGGUUGAAAGGACAAGUGAAAAAUUUUCUCAUAGCACCUUCCCUUCAGAAGAUAUUUUACUGAAAAUUGGCAUAGACAUUCCAAUUUGAAGUUUUCAUCAUGUGAUAUGUUAAUUUUGAAUGCAAAUCUACAGGGUGUUACUUUUUCUGCUAAAGUGCCCGCUUCUUUCAUCCAGAACUUCAGUUUAGAAAAAUAACUUUGGUCCAUUACAACACUUUUGGUUUUUUGUAGUUUUGUUACGAAGAUCAGUGAAAUUAAUCCAAUUGAAAAUUUAUCCUUUCAUUUUCUAGAACAAAAAACGACAGUAUUCAAUAAUAUAUAUCACUAUAGUUACAUAUUUUAGUAAUGAGUAGGAUUCUUUUUGAUUUUUUCGGUGACCUGCCAAGGGCCUAGGUGAGUUGAUAUAAAAAUAGGAACACCAUUAUAACAACAAUUUAUUUAAAAAUAAAUAAAACUAGUCAACAUAACCACUAGAAGGAGUACUCAAACAAAACUGUCUGUUAAUUCAAUAUAUAUCUCGGUUUUGAGUGUUGUUCCUUGGCUUAUUUCUUUACCGUAACAAUUUAAAAGAUACCAAACAAAAAUCUCUUCAGAUAUUCUUUUGAUCAGCAUUUAAAACAAAUUUUAGUUAUUAGUUUGCUCUUGUUUGUUUUUGAAAGGAAUUUAUUCCUUUCUUUGUCUACGAUUUUAUUUUGAACUACAAAAUGAAAGAAAAUAGGAGAGGAGGAGAGGACAGUUGUGAGUUUUUGAUUUAUGGUUUCAAAUUGUAAUUUCCAUUACGAAUUGAAUGUAAACUUCCAUCUAUAGAUGAAAAAUUUUUAAAAUUGUUCAAUAUUUGUUUAGGUCUUGUGAAAGAAUAUAUUUUUACAUUCAUUCAAAUAUUUCACGGAAGGUGUACAUUAUUCAUUUUUUGCUAUACUUCUAUAUCAACACUGAUUUUUAUUGUCGCUGUAAUUAUCUUUUUUUUAAGCUAUUCGAAUGAACAAUAUUAAGUAGAUUAUAUUAUUGUGAUGAAGAUAUUGUGAAAAUACUUUCAUUCGUUCUUAUUUAUUAACCAAUUUCCAGAUUAUUGAGGUCGAAUAAGAUACUAUUUAUUUUUUAGUUCCAUAAAAACUUUCUUCUUCAUGACAAUCUCGCUUUUAGUGUACCAUUAUUCGAUUAGAAAAGGACUGUGAUUCGUCUUUAGGCCUUUAGGCUGCAUGUACAUUGAACUUGAAGUGAAACGCUUCGUGUGCAAUGUAAAUAUAAUUCCGAUUCACCCUUAUACGAUAAUUUUCUUUUGGUAGCUACAAUGAAACAAGUACCUCGGUUACAUUCCUCAUAUAGGCUAUUUCUAGAAUUUGUUAAACUAUAUUUAUACAAUAUAUUGUUAUCAAGUUUUUCUUUUAUCAUAUAUUGCGAACAAGAUAAAUUCUUGUUCCACAAAUAGAUAUUUUGUUAUUUUUUUAAAUAAGUCAUUCAGCAUUUCCCCUUUGCUUGUGAUAAAUAAGUAGACUUGAAUUUUUAUUGUUAAUCAUUUUUUUGAACAUAUUACCCACUUUUGUUAGUUUUUCAUUUAGUUGAUCUCUCAUGAAUGUGUAUGUAUUUAGUUCUGAAUAAAUCAAACAUUAUA